AUGGCUGGUCGUGAAUCACAUCGUAUUAAAGACGCCGAAAAGAAACGUGUACUCGAUGAAGCUGCCCGACAACGACGUGCCCGCAAAGCCCUAGAAGCCUUAGAACAGGACAAUUUUCACGAUGAUCCUCAUGCUGAUUUGGUCAUGUCGAAAAAAGUACCCAAAUUCCAGGAUAAUUUAAAGAAUUCCAAAGAAAGUCGCAAAUCAAAACGUAAAGGGCCCGAAUAUUACCGAGCUAAAUAUCGCAAAAAUUUUGCCCAGCUUUUGGAUGAAGAAAAACAAUUGAACCCAGAUCCACCAAAUUAUACUAGUGCUUUAGCACCACCACCAUCAAAACCGUCGAGACAUUUUUGUGCAGUCUGCGGCAAUUUUUCGAAAUAUUCAUGUACAGCCUGUGGAACGCGCUACUGUUGCAUAAGGUGCUUGGGCACACAUCAGGAUACGCGAUGUCUUAAAUGGACGGCCUAAGAGUUGCAAGUUAUUUUUAAUUGUAUUUUGUAUACCUAGCAUUAAAAAAUAAAAACAUAUGUAUUUAAAAAUUCGAAAGUGUAAAUUUAGUCAAACCAAAA